AAGGAUCACUUGAAAUUGGGCACCGCCUUCGAAAAAAACAAAACGAGCCACGCAGUAAUCGAGAAGCUUGCCUCAUGUCCACCGCUAGUCUUCCUCAAGAUCCAGCGGCUAUGACUAAAGGAGGCGGAAGCGAUAGCGAAAGCGAGGCGUCGGUCGAAGGCUACUUUUUGACAAGGGGUGCUUUCCUCCUCACCCCCAGCCACGAUCUAAACAUGGACAAAGCGGCCACCAUCCUGGAUAAGAUGAACUUCAAGGGGCCUUUCUCCCUCACAAAGACGGCCACCGGGAUCCUCUUCAAGUUCGCCGACCCAGAAGAUUACCAGGCCACCUACAAGAAGGGAUUCCACAAAGUUACAGGAGCGAGGUUCUACAAAAAGGUGCCGAUACCAUGCAGACCACAAAAGACAUUCGUUGUUUUAGUCCUAGACGUGCCGGAGGACUUGCCAGAGGAAGAUAUAAGGCAUUCUUUGUACAAGUUCCAGUCUGUGGUCGAAGUUUCUCGAGUCCACAGUGUGCCUGUGACCAACACAACUGACAAAUGCGCCCCUCCUACUCCAGGAAGUAAACAAGACAAGGCGGCUGAUGGAUAUAGCCCGCCUUUAGUCCGGAUCACGCUAGCUUCAAUGGACGAAUGCCACACCCUUUUACAAAAUGGGCUGGACUUUUAUGGGGCAACCUAUUUUCCUACGGAGCCGGGUCCAAACAACGCACUUCUUAAAGUAGUGAGAAAGACUUCUACUCCAGUGUAUACAAGUCGACUUUGGGAGACUGGUGGGAAAGUUAGAGAUUUACUACCUGUUUUUGAUGCUGCCGGUUUCACCAAGAUCCCUCCCCCACCAAGUAAGACAAUUAAGCCGAGAAAUUAGCCACAACUCUGCCGACUGAGAAUGUGAACUUUCCCCUGGAUUAAGAAAGUAUAAGAUUAAUAUCAGGCUCCGACAGCCUUCCAACUAACAUUUUUUCAGCUUGUGUUUAGGGGUUCCUUGGAUUAACUACCCCUCACUUUUUACAUCUUUAAUUAAAUAAUUGUGUUCAAAAGGAUUUAACUUGAAUAAAAUAUAUAUCACGAUAAUAAAUUUGUUAACGUAAUAACCUACUAAAAGGCAACCUCUUAUUACAUUAUGCAUUCAACGUUCCUAAUAUUUAUAAUAAUAAAAAUUAUUUU